UCUUGCUGACCCGGAUCUCCGAGAAUAUGAGGAUGAGGAGCCGCUGGAUUUGGCGGCUCCUACGCCCUGACGGCGGUGGGUCCCGCUGGACUUCAACUCCCCACGGGCGUCUGUCACCUGUCCUGCGGAGAGGUUUCUUGACCACCACAACAAAGACAAGUUAUGAUAGGAGGCCAGUGGACAUAACUCCUUUAGAACAAAGAAAAUUAACUUUUGAUACCCAUGCACUGGUGAAGGACUUGGAAACUCACGGAUUUGACAAGACACAAGCACAGACAGUUGUGUCAGUACUAAGUAAAGUAUCGAAUGUCAGCCUGGAUACUAUCUAUAAGGAGAUGGUGACUAAAGCUCAGCAGGAAAUAACAGUCCAACAGCUAAUGGCUCAUUUGGAUUCCAUCAGGAAAGACAUGGUCAUCCUAGAGAAAAGUGAAUUUGCAAAUCUGAGAGCAGAGAAUGAGAAAAUGAAAAUUGAAUUAGAUCAAGUUAAGCAGCAACUGACUCAUGAAAGCAGUCGAAUCAGAGCAGAUAAUAAGUUGGAUAUCAACCUGGAAAGGAGCAGAGUAACAGACAUGUUCACAGAUCAAGAAAGGCAACUUAUGGAAGCAACCAAUGAAUUUACCAAAAAGGAUACCCAAACCAAAAGUAUUAUUUCAGAGACCAGUAAUAAAAUUGACACUGAAAUUGCUUCCUUAAAAACACUGAUGGAGUCGAACAAACUUGAGACAGUUCGCUAUCUUGCAGCCUCGGUGUUCACUUGCUUGGCAAUAGCAUUGGGGUUUUAUCGGUUCUGGAAGGAAUAAUAACACUCCUCCUGUUGCUGCCGAUCAUGCCAUAGACUGUACUUUCUACAAAUUCUUCAAAGUACUCAUGGACUAAAUUAGAAGUGUUUUGGUAUUUUAUUUUUAGGUUAUAUGACUUUAUUAUGUUAAAAAGCUGUCUCCAAAGCCUGGUUUGAGAUAAAAGCACAUUUUGUCCUUAUCCUUUUGAUAACUACAGCAACAUUGCAUUUGAGCUUUGUAGCUUUGUAAAUGAAGUAGGAUUUGUUAUCAGAUUGCAUACUUGAAAAUAAUUCCAUAGACUAUAUACUUACUGGAUUUUACUACCCUGCUUAUUAUUGCAGUUAGAUUUUUUUAUAUAAUAUACUACAAAGUUGUUUGGAUUUUCUAAGUGACUUCCUAUAUAAUUGGAGGGUUUUUUUAGUGAAUAAUAAAUUUUAAAAUAAUGUGUA